GGAGAUAGGGCCGCGUUUGACGCUUCCGUCCAAAUUCCAAUUCACAUCCCAUAUGUUAAAAAGUGACCCUCUUCUCCUUUCCUUACCUGUUUUGAGGUUGUCGUCCUCAUCGCCAACUUUUAAUUUCAACCCAAACACAGCCCUGUCACAUCCCUUCUUCCUCAAAAGUCCAUUUUCAUGUGCCUCUUCACCCCCCAUUCCCAAAUUCAGUCCUUAGGGUUUUCACUUUUCAAAUCGAUAUCUUUCUAAUAUUCUUUCUUUGUUCAAAGUUUUCUCAUGGAAUCAGCGGAACGGCAUAAGGAGUUUGAGUCAACUACGACUCUUUCUUACCGACCUUGUUUACAACCUUGUUUACAAGAUAACCGAGUUGUUGAUGAUGAUCGGAACAGUAGUGAUUCUUUGGAGGGAGAUGAGAUUAUGACCGUCGAUCAAUGCUAUAAGAUUCGGGAAAUGGAUGAUUCGCAGCUUGUAGGGGAUGCUGGCGUGGCGGUGAGAGGGGAGGGUCGAAGUUUGGUGAAGACAGCGAGAGUUUCGGAGACGAGUUUGGGGAAGCGUCGGCGUGGCCGGCCGCCGAGAUCUCUGGGAAAGAUAACAGCGUUGACGACGCCUCCGCAGAGGAAGAAGAGAGAGGAGGAGGAUGUUUGUUUUAUUUGCUUCGAUGGUGGGAAUCUCGUGCUUUGUGAUCGCCGGGGCUGUCCCAAGGCCUACCAUCCACCCUGUAUUAAGAGGAACGAGGCAUUUUUCCGUUCAAGGGCAAAAUGGAACUGUGGGUGGCACAUAUGUAGCAGUUGUCAGAAGUCUUCCCAUUAUAUGUGCUAUACUUGUCCAUAUUCUUUGUGCAAGGGAUGUACUAAAGAUGCUGAUUAUGUGUGUGUAAGAGGAAAUAAAGGAUUUUGUGGAACAUGCAUGAGAACUAUAAUGCUGAUUGAAAACAGCGCUUCGGGAAAUAAGGAGACGGUUCAAGUAGAUUUUGAUGACAAAAGUAGUUGGGAGUAUCUUUUCAAAGUAUAUUGGGUUUGCUUGAAAGAGAAGAUCUCUUUAAGUCUAGAUGAGCUUACCAGUGCUAAAAAUCCAUGGAAAGGAAAUUCUAUUAUGGCUUCAAAAGGAGAGUCCUUAAAUGGAACUAACAUUGCUAAUGCUCAAUGUUCUAAUUUUGAAAAUUCUUGUGGAGACCUAGGUGGUUGUAAUUCUAAAAGAAGGAGAACUACCAAGCAACAGAUUUUACUAAACAAGGAGGAUCCAGUAACGAACAAGUCAAGUGUUAUCAAAGAGAUGCCUUUGUCUGAAGGCAAAAAUUGGGCAACAAAGGAGCUUUUGGAGUUUGUAGCACACAUGAAAAAUGGGGAUGUGACCAUGUUAUCUCAUUCUGAUGUCCAGACUCUUUUGCUGGAGUAUGUGAAGAUUAACAAUCUUCGUGAUCCUCACCAGAAGUGUCAAGUCCUUUGUGAUGCAAGGCUUGUAAAUUUAUUUGGAAAGGGAAGGGUAGGUCACUUUGAAAUGCUAAAGCUUCUUGAAUCUCAUUUUCUCAUUGACCCUUCCACUACUGCUAAUACCAUUACAAGUGGAGUUGUAAAAGCUGUUGUUAACCAGGUGGGUAUUGGUGGGAACCAUGAUAACCAAUUUACAAUGACAAAUGAUAAGAGGCGUAAAACACGUAAAAAGGUUGAUGAGAGACGACAACAGACCAAUCUGGAUGAAUAUGCUGCAAUUGACAUUCACAAUAUUACAUUGAUCUACUUGAAGCGUGAUUUACUUGAGAGGCUAAUUGAUGAUGCUGACAAGUUUCAUGAGAAGGUUGUUGGUUCCAUUGUUCGCAUACGGAUUUCUGGUAGUGAUCAAAAGCGAGAUAUGCAUAGGCUCGUCCAAGUUGUAGGUACAAGCAAAUCAGCUGAACCAUAUAAGAUUGGUACAAGGACAACUAAUCUCAUGCUUGAGAUUUUAAAUUUACAGAAGAAAGAGAUUGUGCCAAUUGAUGGGAUUUCAAAUCAAGAUUUCUCUGAGGAUGAAUGCCGCUGGCUACGUCAGUGCAUAAAAUGUGGGCUGAUGAAACAGUUGACUGUGGGUUAUAUUCAGAAGAAAGCAAUGGCACUUCAAGCACUGAGGGUUAAUGUUUGGCUGGAGUCAGAAAUUUUACGGCUUGAGCACCUUCGUGAUCGAGCAAAUGAAAAAGGACUCAGAAAGGAAUAUCCUUCAUUGCUUGAUAUUUAUACUUUUACCUCUUUUGUGCCUUUUUGUGUUUGCCUUACUCUAGCUGCUAACCUAUAUUUGUUACCAACAAAUUAUAUUAACCAUGUUGAGGUCAGGUAGCUAUCCAUGUAAACUGAAAUGAAAAAGAGACAACCAGAGGAAUUUGUGGCUGCAUGAGAGUGUGGACAUGGUAAUAAGAAACCUAAAAUGAUGUA